AUGUCCUCCUUAGCUGGCGCGCUUGACCCGGUUCAACAAGAACUCAAGGACGAGCCUGUGCUCGAUGACAUUGACAUGAUUGGGCAAGGCAUAGUGGAUCUUUUUGGAGAGGCGGACGAGAAUGUCGAGGAGGUGAAGCAUUCCGAAACUGCAGCGGCAACGCCGGCGUCGUCCGAGCAUGCUGAGAAUAUGGAUGGCAUAUCCUCGCCGGAGCGGCGGCAUAGAGAGGCAAUGGAGUAUGCUGAGGAGGAGGAGGAAGAGCAGCCACCGGAGCAGAUUCUCCUCGAAGCUACGGCGGCCAUACCCAACAUCCCAGUACCACGUAGCUCAGACGGCAAUUACUGGGUCAUCCGAAUGCCAAACUUCGUCAAGGUCGACUCGAAGCCAUUCCACCCGGACACGUACAUUGGCCCGGAAGGCGAAGACGAAGACGCGCAAGCAGCAGAGAGUGCUCGAGAGAAGAGUAUGACCAUCAAGCUCAAGGUCGAGAACACCGUCCGGUGGCGGUGGGUGAAGGACGAGAACGGACAGGACCGGCGACAAUCUAAUGCUCGGAUUGUGCGUUGGUCAGACGGCACGCUCUCGUUGCUCCUAGGCAAGGAGCUCUUCGACAUCACUCAAAAUGUCGACACAUCCGGGGCCAUGCAUCGGAAUGCCUUCGGGAGCGGCACGCAGAGCCAGCCUCUUUCUCAGUCACAAUCCCAAGGCACGCCCGGCCCCUCCAGGUCCCAAGGUCUCACCUACCUCGUCGCGCAGCACAAGCGCGCCGAGAUCCUGCAGUCCGAGGCGCUCGUCACGGGUUACAUGUCUCUUAGGCCGACGGGCAUGCAGAGCAGCACGCACCGCAUGCUCGUGCGCGCCGUCGGACAGAAGCACACGAAGGUCGCGCGGCUGCGCAUGGCGCCCGACCCGGUCAUGGACCCGGAGCGCGAGAAGAUGGAGUUGAUGAAGGCUGCAUCGCGCAAGCCGCGCCGGCCGCGCGGCGAGGGCGACGAGGGCUUCGGCGGGCGGAAGCGGCGGAGCGGGUACACGCGACGGAAGACGGGCGACGAGAUGUGGAGCGACGAGGAGGAGGAAGAGGAGGCGGCGUAUGGAGGCGGGAGCGAGGACGAGUAUGGCGAGGAGCCGUCCAGCGCGCGGAAACGCCGGAAGGGCGAGAAGGAGGAUGCGAAGAAGGGCCCUGGGGAGUACCUGACGGACGACUUCUCCGCCCCCAAGAAACGUACCAAGCGCAAACAAAAGGAACGGGGGACAACGAAGAGGACGCAUUGGAGAGGAUUGAGAAGCAGAUUGAAGACGAAGCGCGAGGACAGCAUGGAUGUGGAGAGUGAGGAGGAAGACGAAGGCGGUGCAGUCCGCAAACGGACGGCAGGCGGAUCGAGGAAAAAGAGAGUGAUUGAGAUGGAGGAAGAGGAGGAGGAAUGA